GCUUCUUCUUUACACGCUUGUGCCACCGGGUUAGUCACGUUGCGCGCAGCCAGAUCAACAUUCCGAGCAUUUAACGGAGAUCAACACGAGCACGGUGCCGUCCAGCCGACAUGGGGAAGGUGGAAGGAGGAAUGAAAUGUGUCAAGUACCUUUUGUUUGUGUUCAACUUCAUUUUCUGGUUAAUGGGCUCAUUUGUUCUGGCGGUGGGACUUUGGCUGCGUUUUGACCCAGAAACUGUUUCUCUUCUCAACGACAACAAGGCUCCAGACACAUUUUUCCUUGGGGUGUAUAUACUGAUUGGUGCUGGCAGUCUGAUAAUGCUGGUUGGGUUCUUUGGCUGCUGUGGAGCUGUGAGAGAAUCUCAAUGCCUGCUGGGUUCGUUCUUUGCUUGCCUGCUGAUUAUUUUUGGUUCUGAAGUGGCAGCAGGAGUGUUUGGAUUCCUAAACAAAGACAAGAUCAUUGAAGAUGUGCAGAACUUCUACAAAAAGACUUAUGAUGAAAACAACAACAGUACAAUGAUCCUCUCAUACCAGAAAGUGCUCAACUGUUGUGGAACCAAAGCCAGCCGAUGCUUUGAGUCUGGUUCAAACACUACGGACUGUGAGUCCAGAAUCGAGGAAUUCUUCAACAAUAAACUCUACAUCAUCGGCUACGUGGGCAUUGGCAUCGCCGGAGUCAUGAUAAUCGGGAUGAUUUUCAGCAUGGUGCUCUGCUGCGCUGUUCGUAACAGCAGGGAGGUCAUCUAAGCUGCUUAGACCCCUCCACCAAUCAGCCCCUAAAGACUCGUCAACACUUUGGUUCAAAUAUCUGCUCCACUAAAGAGCUCAGCUCACUUUAUUUACUCCCUAUUUUGAUUUUUUUUUUCUACGCAGAAUGAUUUUUUUUUCUGGUAUUUACUUCUGGUCACAGAACAAGUAGAUUGUUUCCAUAACAUCCUGACAUAACUUUCACAUGCUGAAGGUGGAACUGUAGCACUUGUGUUGACUUGACAAUCUCUCAAACACUUUUCAUCUUGGCCAUUUGGACGUUGUUACAAAUCUUAACCCACAUACUUUUACAGCGGUGUCAGGGCUUUUUCACACAGCCCUGAGACUGACCCUGUAGCUGUGGGAAACAUGAACCCGGGAGAGCCAUCAGAGGUGAAACCAGCUGAGUUUACUUCUCUGUAACACAGAAGUGCACACACACACACACACACACACACACACACACACACACACACACACACACACACACACACGCACGCACGCACACACACACACACACACACUAGGGCUGCAUUAGGAAAAAAUGAUUUUCCUGUAAUACUUUAUCUGAUUGAAAAACAGUGUAUGUCUUUAAUUUAUUGCCUUUAUUUGCAACAUUUAUAUUUUGCAUAUUGAAACAUCAAUAUUGUUAAAAUUUUCUGGCUAUUUUGCAGCCCUAUAAAUGGUCUCCCUUUUGAGCUAAGCUUCAAUUAGGUCAAUAUUCAGUAUAUAAACAAAUAGUCUUCUCAGAAGUCAAUAUAAAUGCAUUUUUUGGAAUGGCCUAAAAUAUAUACACAUUGUUUGCAUGUUUUAGAACAUUUGCCACAAAGCAUGUGCACAAAACCAAUAUUUCAUACCUGACUAUGUAUUACUAACCCAUGCCCAAGGUCCCUACUGCUGUAAAAUACUGGAAAAUUCACCUGGUUUGUCAAUAAAAUACAUUUAAUCUAAUAAAAAUAUCUUGAAAAGAAAGAAUGUUUGACACAGCCAAAGAACUGUGGGAACUUCCUAAUUUCUCUCUCAUUUAUGCUUCCUACCAUUUUCUCAAUUAUAAAAAUAGGGUCUUACAUAAGAACGUGAACUGUGGUGAGCAUGCAGUUUGACUCAGAUCAGGUGGCCAUGCUGACAGGCUCUACACAAACCAACUAGGUAGCUGAAAUCAGCCUGUUAGUUUCAUUCAUUUUUUUUUUCUUCUUCUUGUGCCUUGAAAUCAAAACACCCACAACAAUAAAACUCUCACAGAGAAAAAUAACUCCUUGAUAAAACUGCAGCCAUUCAUCCAGGUACAACCAGGUUGCAGCAAUGAAUGGAAAUGUCAUGAUUUCAGUAUGUAAAUAUGUUUCUUCUUCUAUUCUUAUUUAUUCUUGUUUUUUUUUUACAUGUGUGGUAGUUGUACAGUAUUGUGGCUGAAGUGAUGGUUACUAUUUAACAUGCUGUAAGCUGACAGGUGUUUUGCUGCAGAUGUACAUAGAUGCAAACGUAGAUUUAAUCAGAUAUAAAUGCUUCUUAAUGUGCCUUUCUAUGAUAAACUGUUUAGUGGGGAGCCGGCUGUUUGAAUAUAGCAAAUUAAUCUAGAAAAAGUGCUAAUUUUUCAUAGAGUUGGGCACACAGAAACGUUUGACAAGGAGAGCAUGUGGUACAAGCCGUUCCUGUGUCCUUAGCUUCAACAGCAGCAACUUUCCUCUCACACGUCCUGCUGGUACAAAUAAAUCAAUGUUUAAUCAAACAAUGUUGGACUUGACAGCACUGGACAAAUGUGGGUUUUUAUUUUUAGAAUUUGACUCAAAUGAAAUGACAACAAGAGCAGUUGGUGUUGUUUACUUUCACAAUUCAGUCAUCACACAACAGAGUCACCAGACUGUCAUUUCAGAGAAGUUUCAGUGUUUACUGCCACUCGGUCCAAAAGCUGUUACUGUAUUGUCUCAGUUAUUUUUUGUGUGAACACCACUCAUGAAUGAUUGUGUGUUGGUUUGUUUCAGUACCAUUUCUCGGUUCUCAGGAAUACAGCUGUUGGAAUUUAAUAAAGCUGAGAGGGUUUUA